CGCGAUCUCCCGCCGACAGGGAUCCACGCACGCGACACGCGCCGGAAAUUCCGAACUGAUUUUGAAAAUAUAGCAUUUUUCGAAAAACAGUCGAAGAACAAUUUCUGAAUACGAACUUUCGAAUUUUGAACAUCGUAUGUGGUAAUCGAAAAUUUUAAAGGCAUGCAGGCGUAGGUGGAGAGUUGGGGCAUUUUUGUUAGUUAGUCGCAAGGGAUGGUUAGGUACCGGGUGUGGGGGCAGUGAUGUCCGUCACGAUAUGCGGCCGGUGGUCAUCGCCUCUUGCCUGCUGCUCCUCGCGCCCAUCACUGACUCUUGGUGGGCGUCUGGUAGCGCAGUGAUCCUUGACCCACGCAUGGUGUGCAAGAAGAACCGGCGCGGGCGCGGGCGUCUAGCGCAGAUCUGCCGCAACGAAACAGGUCUCCUCAAGGAGAUCUCCCGCGGCGUCACGCUAGGGGCCACAGAGUGUGCACAUCAAUUUCGACAUAGACGUUGGAAUUGCACCACUCAGAGGCGCAGUAUGAGAAAGAUACUUAUGAGAGAUACAAGAGAAACGGGGUUCGUAAAUGCCAUUACGGCAGCCGGUGUAGCAUUCGCUAUUACGCGAGCUUGCACCGCUGGAUCGCUUCUGGAGUGCUCUUGCGAAAAGGGUAUACCAAAGUCCCGCCGUGGAAGGCAGCCAAUUCUUCCCCCCUCCCCUGUGCCGACCGAUCGGUGGCAGUGGGGGGGGUGCAGCGACAACGUGCGCUUUGGCCUCAAGAAAUCUAGAGAGUUUAUGGAUAGCAGGUAUAGGAAGCGAAGCGAUAUCAAGACGCUGAUCAAACUCCAUAACCACAACGCUGGGAGGUUGGCCAUUAAAAAUAACAUGAAAGUGGAAUGUAAGUGUCAUGGCGUCUCUGGUUCGUGCACUCUCCGCACGUGUUGGUGGAGGAUGCCCACCUUCAGAGAAGUUGGAGAUAUUUUAAGGGAUCGAUUUGAAGGUGCCGCUAAGGUAAUUGCCAGCAACGACGGAGACAACUUCUUGCCCGAGAGCACCAGUAUUAAGCCUCCCGGCAAGAAAGACAUUAUAUACUCCGAAGAAUCUCCAGAUUUCUGCAACCCCAAUAUAAAAACUGGCUCCCUUGGAACACAAGGCCGACAAUGCAACAUUACUUCAGCUGGUACAGACAGCUGCGACCAACUCUGUUGUCGUCGGGGAUACGCGCAAGCCACAGUCAAAGAAACUGAGAAUUGUAAAUGCGAAUUCAAAUGGUGUUGCGAGGUCUUAUGUAAAACUUGUUAUGUGAAACGAGAAAUACAAACAUGCAAAUAAUGUGAUAAAUAUUGUUUAUGUAUUAAAUUUUUGUAUAUUAAAGUUCAUGCUAAAUUCUUU